AAUAACAAAUAUUCAUAUAUUCUAAUAUUUCUUUGGUUUUUUCUUCUUUGCUUCUUCUGCGGAAUCCCUUCUAAUGGUUUAGCCAGUAAUCUAAUUCUCUCUCUCUCUCUCUCUCUCCUCUUUUUUUCUCAAAUUCUUGCUCUUUGUUUUUGACGAAAUCGUUAACGCAUUGGAGAUGCAUAUUAGUUCUUAGAUCUCUGGUGUUUUUUGUUAGGCAUCAAAUGCUCAGCUCAAGUUUUUGACAGAUGGGCAUUCCUGGACAUAAAUUUAAAGAGAGAUUGACAUGCUAACUUGACAUUUCUUGUACAGAGGUCUAAUAGUGAUCAUAGAUGAUUCUAGCUUGUUGCAGCUUGUAGAAGCUGCAUUUAAGCAUGUUGAUAAUAUAUUGGCUGAUAUUCAAUUACUUCUACAAUGAGAAUUGGGUUUCUUUCAAUGUUGUAUAUAACAAGCUACAGUUUAGCACUAAACAGCAUAUGCAAACUAGUAACUCGUACUCUGUGGACAGAGUAGACACCUCUAUUAGGAGGUCCUUAGAAGUUCAUUGACAAAUUUUUGAUUGUCAUCUUCUACAUUUCUAAUAAUGGAAAGAUAUAAAAUUUUGGAGGAACUUGGUGAUGGUACUUGUGGCAGUGUUUUUAAGGCUAUCAAUCUGGAAACAUAUGAAAUUGUUGCUGUGAAGAGAAUGAAGAGGAAGUUCUAUUUUUGGGAAGAAUGCAUGAACUUGAGAGAAGUAAAGGCCCUUCGUAAACUGAAUCACCCCAAUAUCAUAAAGUUAAAGGAGGUUGUCAGGGAAUACAAUGAGCUAUUUUUCAUUUUUGAAUACAUGGAAUAUAAUCUGUACCAAAUCAUGAGAGAACGAGAACGAUCUUUUACAGAGGAAGAGAUACGAAACUUUAUGUCACAGUUGCUGCAAGGACUUGCUCAUAUGCACAGGAAUGGAUUUUUCCAUCGAGAUCUAAAACCUGAGAAUUUGCUGGUGACUAAUGAUGUUCUUAAAAUUGCUGACUUUGGACUGGCUAGAGAAGUUUCAUCAGUGCCUCCUUAUACUGAAUAUGUUUCCACACGGUGGUACCGGGCUCCGGAAGUUUUGUUGCAGUCCUCAACAUAUACUCCUGCAGUUGAUAUGUGGGCAGUUGGCACAAUACUAGCUGAGCUAUUCACUCUGUCCCCUAUUUUCCCUGGUGAAAGUGAAAUAGAUCAAUUGUACAAGAUAUGCUGUAUUCUCGGUACACCUGAUAGGACUACAUUCCCUGGAGCAACAAAUAUCGCUCGAUUGAUGAAUAUUUGUUAUUCAGAGAUUUCACCUGCCAACCUCUCUGAAAUAAUUCCAAAUGCGAGCAUAGAAGCCAUUGAUUUGAUUAUGCAAUUAUGUUCAUGGGACCCAUUAAAGAGGCCAACUGCUGAUCAAUCGCUGCAACAUCCAUUUUUCCAUGUGGGCAUGUGGAUUCCUUAUCCUAUCCGAGAUCCCCUUGAACUGAAGCUAAAUAAUAUAGGAGCAAAGCCAAAUCUGGAGUUAAAUCUGUGGGAUUUUGGUGCUGAAUCUGAUGACUGUUUUCUUGGCUUGACAUUGGCUGUGAAGCCCAGUAUUUCAAACUUAGAGGCAGUUCAAACUGUUUCUGAAAGUAUGGAAGAGAAUAUUCUGUUUUGCUCUGAUUUCAAAGGUCAUCGAGAACAGUCAGUGUUUGGUCACUACUAUCCUCCAGAAUCCAAAAUGCGAAUCCACCCUCCAGUUGAGUCAUCAUUGUCAUUGUAUUUCAGCUUCCAAAUUCAGCAUCCAUCAGUAGUUCCACAAAUCAACCUGAUUACAUCAUUAGAUUGUCCAUUAUGCAUGUCCUCCCAAUUUCAGGAAAGCCAUAACUUUUGAUUGAUUCUACCAAUGUGUACAAAUAUAGAAAGGGUGUACAAAUAAUAUGUAAUUUA